CCUAUUCUCGAGGCACUUACUAAGAGCGCAUUCGUCGCAGCAAGGCGCAAGAGUCGUCGUAAUGGCCUAGCGCAGCCCCCUUGCCUAGCCAAGAAUAUAUGUUUUGCGCAGAAUCGCAAUAAAUGUCGCAAGAUCGGUACCAGUGCCAGUCCUGCCAGUCAAGCAAGUCUGUCUGUUGCUUUUAGUGAGGGGAAAACUGCGUCAAUGGGUCAUCCUAUUGGCUCGAUAGUUAUAUCGAGGAAGCCAUUGCGCUUUCCCAUUCAUCCCGUUAGUGCAAAGCCUGAAUAUGAGAAAGAAAGCAGCGAGAUAGAUGGAUCUAAAUAUAAAGAAAGG